UACAGUGAUGUUUCAAAUGACUUGGUACUCGUCUUCCGUCUUCUUUCCCUCCUCCUCGUUUGCUACAUACUACUAAACUGAAAGAACGCUCUUUUGGGUUUAAAGCUACUACCUUUCUUUCUACAACACACCUUAAUUGCCAUAUACCCGCUAUUUGGUAGCUGAUGAAUAACUGCAUCAAUUUAAUUGGCAAUGGCUUUUCAAGACUUUGAACCAAUCUUUGCUGAACCUAAACUGGAGUGGAAAUCUCAUACUUCUUCUUUGCGUCCUUUUUUGUUCCAUGCUUAUGCUCCUUAUUCUUCUCAUCUUCUCAUUCAUGUCACUGAUUUUCACUCUGAUACUUGGGAAGCUAAUCUUUCAGUUUCAUUGCUUGAGGACAUUAGGGAUAUUAUUGGAAUAGGGGGCUCUUGGUCAGAGUUUGUUGAUUAUUUUGUAAAUUCUCUCAAGUCAGAAGAUCUGAAGCUUGUUCUAGAGGCGAAUUCAAAUUCUGAUGGUGUUAGUUCUGCUAAAUUAAUUGCUCAAAAAUCAAAAGGAAUGCCUCUAAUCACCAUUCCUCUGACCAAACUUGUGGAUUCUGGUGCUAGCGAAGCUGUGUCAAAUUUAUCCUUGAGCCUCUUUAAGGCAUUCAAAAGUAUCAAAUAUUCUCUUGUAGAUGGGCAAGAACGCUCUCUCCAGUUGACAAACGUGAUGACAGCUGAGAAGGAAAGAAAUGAAACCAUACAACUGGAUCGAUGGCAAAAGUUCCAAAAAAUUAGUGACUCAGAGAAAGCAGGCGGUUCUAACAAUGGAGUGCAAAAUUCUCCAGACAAGCAAACAGCUCGGGAUAAAGGUACUACAAAAGUUAAGAAUCGUGCAGUGCCAGCAUAUCGCAGGACCAAAGUAAGAGGGGCCCUCUUGCGAGAUAGCGAUCCUGAGUCUUAGCCCUUAAUUCGAACCAGUUGUUCUAUAUAAAGUUAAAAGAUUGUCCCAACUCUAUGUGUACUUCCUUUUCACUCUAUUACCUCAUUUAUUGUAUAUCAAUCAAUAUAGCAUGGAAAACAUAUAUUACUUGUUAGGCCAUUCACAUAAAAUUUCAAUGAUUCGUUCACUUGUCAACUCAGCAAAUGAAAAUUGCUCAUUUGAUGCA